UAAUCGGACGGGAGGGCAUUUAAAAAGUAAUUAGCGAAAUUUUACAAACGUAUUAAACAACGAUUAAUUAGGUGUAUGAUGAAACGUGAUAAUUUUCGCAGAGCGUAACAUCACAAAUGAAAGUCGAUGUCGACUGAGACGGAGAUCGAGACGGAGACGGAGACGGAGACGGAGACGGCGACUCAAGGUUUCGACGAAUUCAUUCUACCUACAGCUAACUAUUAUUAUCCUCGAUAUAGUUAGAACACAUUUAAUAAUUAACGGCCUGACUAUAAAUCAUCAAAAAUCAGGUUAGGUAGAUGCAUAUCUAUAUCACAUAACACGGCAAUUGUGGAAUUUUAAUUGGUAGAACACUGAACAAUGAACUUGUAGUAGUAAGUAAGUAUUAACGGUUCCUGUUUUAUCGGUAGGGCUUUCUCGCGUAGUUAAACCAUCAUCAACAACCGUUAGCAUUUUAGAUUUUGAAAAUGGAGAAGACAAUAAAGAAUGUCAAAGACGACGAUAAGGAAUUGCCCGAGCCGAAAACAUUAUCCGAAGGCGUACUGAACAUGUACGAGAAUCAGUUGCGACUAGUGAAGAGUGCCCUAAUCGAAAAUCCCCGCAACGAAAAUCUAAUACAAUUUGGAAACGAUCUUGACCGCAGCAUAUUGUACGGCGUGAUCGGCAUGCACGAGCAUAUCAGACUCAAGGCGCAAAAAGUGAACGGCACGCACGACAGCAACCCCAAGCAAUACCUGUGGCAAGUCGGGGACACCGUUUACGCUCAAUGGAUGGGCAACGGCCAACACUACAAGGCGACGAUAGCGGACGUCUAUUGCACCGGGACCGUGCUCGUCUUCUUCCACGGCUACGACGUGAUGGACUACGUGGAGAUCCAGACCAUCAAACUGUACACGCCCAGGAAGUGCCUCUAUCACGAGUGCGAGGACAAGCUCAAGUCGAAGCUGGUGGUCGGUUAUCGUAUGUUCAAAAUCAAGGAGCAGGAUCGUGGGGAUGAGUAUUGUCAAAGCGGUAGCAACCUUUGGGAAACGUUUUCACUUAGGUUGCUACGACAAAAUUUAAAUAGGGUCAAUGACAAGGCUGAUGGAUUUUAAUCGUUAAGCGUACUUGAUACUAUUUUUUUUGCUCGUCCAAUCUACUACUCCUAUCUAACUAUAUAGUUAUGUCGGAUCGUAUAUCGUAACUGAUGUAAUUUGUAAUAAUGUAGCCACUAAUAAAGAUUUUUAUUUCCCCA